UAACUAGAGGGCGCCACCUUCAACAAGUGGUAUUCCGUUAUUUCUCACAAUUUAUUCCAUUACUCAAUUUACACUUGAAAAAUUGUUAAUAGAUAAUUCUGAAUGUUCAGAAUGCUCGGGGAAAGGUCCAAGAGUUUCGUUCCAUCCUCAGACGUUGUCGAGGUGGAUGUUCGCGAGGAUGAGGAGCAGGCUGUCAAGUUCAGUGAAAUUGUCGAUCUCCUGGUGGCUGCUGGGUACUUCAGGGCUAGGAUCAAGGGAUUGUCGAACUUUGACAAGGUAGUUGGAGGAAUGACAUGGUGCAUCGAGUCUUGCAGUUUCGAUGUUGAUGUCAAUCUUCUGUUUCAUGAAAAUUUAACAAUUGGACAAAAAAUAGCUUUGACUGAGAAAAUCGUUGUAAUGCUUCCGAAAAUGAAUUGUCCACAUCGAAUUGAACCCCAUCAGAUACAGGGAUUAGAUUGUAUUCACAUAUUUCCAGUUAUCCAGUGGCUUGUGAAAAGAUCAAUAGAAAUGAGAAAAGAAACCGCAGGUUUCGUUCGAGAAUUCGCAAUAAAUCAAUUCGAUAAAGUGCAUUCCUUAGACGGAAAAUCAGGGAGUGAAGAUGCAAAGGAGAGUAUUGAAGUUAAUAUUCAAUUAGCUAGGAGAGCAUAUCAGCCCCGAAGAAGAUUCAAAAGAACAACUGCCGCUCCAAAAGAUGAAACGGCGAAGGUUAAGACCACCCUGUUGGAGUAUGGAGUUCUACCAGUAACUUCAACAGCCCCUAAAGCCUCCAAAAGUAACCAAGGAGGUCCCGAAAGAAUUGAAGAAGGUGGGGGUGAUUCGGUAAAUGCUGGAGCUCAGGUUGUUCAUUUGGAAGAAGAAAGACUGAGUGCUAGUGCUGUGGGGGGCAUUGUGGGACUCCAGGCACAGGAAAUCGUUGAAGUUUCGGAGAGAUAUGCAUCGUUAUCUGUUGAGGAUGGGGAUGCAUCAAGUGAGUCUAGAGUGUCAGCAGCUCUCGAAAAACAAAGAUCUAAUCUCCAAAAUCGUGUGAAGAGGUUGAAGAAGGAGAGAGAAGGCCAAGUUCUCAAAAUAUCUGAAGAAACUGAACAAUUGAGGAAAAUACAAGAGAAUAGACAAAGCGUUGAGGAUGCGUUCAUAAGGAUGAACGAGAUGGAAACAGAAGAAAAUAAAGGGACCCUAUUGAAAUUAAAGGAAUUACUAGCAGUUCAUGCAGGCCUCAAAGACCAAGAACACAAGUUCAGAGAACAAUGUAAAUCCGAUCUACUGUACCUCCAGAAACUAGUGGAAAACUGUGGAGAGACUUGUGAACCCCAAGAGGAGCAAAGUAGAGUCGCUGAGUAUGACGCACUAAAGGAAUCAAUUUGCAAGACUAGACUGCUAUUAGCUAAGAAAAAUCGUGCGAUUGCUUCGUUGAUGAGACAGUUGGAUGAUGUGCCUGGGCGGUCUGAGUUAACACAGUAUCAGAGGCGAUUCAUGGAGCUUUAUAAUCAAGUGUCAACAAAACAUAAAGAGACUAAACAAUAUUACACUCUUUACAACACAUUAGAUGAUACAAAACUUUAUCUCAGCAAGGAAUUAUCACUUCUGAAUUCAAUUCUGGAGAACUACAACGAAGCAAUGGCAUCUACAAGUGGUAAAGAACAAUUCCUCAAACAAUUCGAGGCGAUAAUUGCUGGAGUUAAACGAAAUAAAGAGAAGGUUGAGAAAAAAUGCGCAGAAGAAAAAGAGAGGCGUUUUAAUCUCAAUAAAGACUUGGUCGCACUUGUCGAGCAACAGAGAAAGUACGUUGCUGCAGUGCGGCAGCUUACAAUCGAGUGUCGAAAGAACGAAGCACUUCUUGCCCAACUUCGUGCUACAUGAAUGCUAAAGAACCUAAAAAAAUUUACUCGAAAUUGUUAUUAAAAAUGAAGAGAAUGUUUUUUUUUACUAUUUCUUGUUAAUUGUACAUCCAUACAUGGAGAUAUAAAGAAAUGCUUUUAAGAA